AUGUUUCUUCAACGGUUUAUUCGCAAUGAUGCGACACGGACAGAUCCCCCAGAGAUUUAUAAUUUACGGACGGUACUCAUCAGCCUCGUGGCAUGUGGAGGUGCACUACUCUUCGGCAUGGACAUGGGUAUAAUUGGGGGUGUCUUGACAAUGGAGCCAUUCAAAGAGCAAUACGGCCUCAACAACAAAUCUGCAACAGCCCUUGCCAAUCUCGAGUCCAACAUUGUCUCCGUCAUUCAGGCUGGUGCGUUCUCAGGAUGCUUCUUCUCGAUAUGGCUGGCCAAUCGCAUCGGGCGGCGCAUGUCUCUCAUCCUCGCGUCCGUGCUUGUUUUCAUUGGAGUGGCCUUGCAAGCUGCAGCUUCUGGAUAUAUUGCUUCGAUAUAUGUAGGGAGAUUCGUAGCGGGGGUUGCUAUUGGUAUUGCCUCGACAGUCAAUCCACUUUACGUGUCAGAGAACGCACCUCGUGGGAUACGAGGCCUGUUGACUGGAUUUUACCAACUUAGCAUUGUCACGGGUUUGACACUUGCCUUUUGGAUCAACUAUGGGUGCUCACUGCAUGUCAAGGGUCAUGCGCAGUAUAUUAUCCCACUGUCUCUGCAAGCUCUCCCGGCAGUGAUCCUCUUCGUGGGUAUGAUUUUUGCUAGCGAGUCUCCCCGGUUUCUUGCUAUGGAAACACCCGAUAAGGCUCUCAUCGUCCUCUCCAAGAUGCGAAAUCUGUCUACCGACCACCCAUAUGUCCGAGAGGAGAUGCAAGGGAUUCUGCUUGGACUUGAAGAAGAGCGCUCUCUUGCAUCUAGCGGCUCAUGGCUCACACUGAUCAAAGAGGCCUUUACCGUGAAAUCUUAUCUGCGUCGCAGUUUCUUGUGCAUCACGCUGAUGAUGUGGAGUAAUCUGACUGGUACCAACGCCAUGACCUACUACAGCCCGACAAUCUUCAAGAGCGUGGGACUGUCCGGUUCUUUCGUCUCGCUGUUCGCUACAGGUAUCUACGGUAUUGUGAAGUUCGUUGCCUGCUUUAUUUUCAUUGUGUUUGUGACGGACUCCCUCGGCCGGAGAAAGAGCCUGCUGUGGACUGGCAUCGUCCAGGGCUUGGCGCUGUUUUUUAUUGGCUUUUAUAUUCGAUUCGAUCCGCCAGAGGAAGGAACAGAUCCAGAUGCCGCGGGAUAUGUCGCACUGGUAGCUAUUUAUAUUUUUGCCGCCGUGUAUCAGUUCGGCUGGGGUCCCGUUGUGUGGACAUAUUGUUCGGAAAUACCAGCUUCUCGUAUGCGAAGCCUACAAAUGGGAAUGGCUACAGCCAGUCAGUGGCUGUUCAAUUUUGUCGUGGCCAAAGCCACGCCCACCAUGUUCGCCACACUCGGCGUGAACGGCUUUGGAACAUAUUUUGUUUACGGAUCUUUCUGCUUUGUCAUGGUCGUCUUCACCUGGUUUCUCGUACCAGAAACUAAAGGGCUGUCGCUAGAGGAUAUGAACGAUCUAUUUUCCAACUACAAUGCGCGGGCUCGAUUUAUACCCGCUCGAUUAACUGCGAUUGAAGGUAUGGAAGACUUAAAGUUUGAUGCAGAAAACAGGCAGACUACAAAGUCAACUGCGGAUAAACAGUAGCAAUGCCGAUAGGCAAUAGAACCUCCCAAUUAAUAAGGGAACCAGCCCUCUUAAAUAGUUGAUCAAUACCUGUAAAUAGGACAGCUGGGAUC